ACGGACCGUUUUGCUGAGUGCGAGUGCUGUGCUGGCGUUAUCUGAUUUCUUGCGGGUUAUGUAGCUUACAUUAUGCUCACUACCAAGUACCAAAAUCUGGCAGGCUGGUCAGCAUGCUGUGCAGCGCCCGUGCCCUGGCCCGUCGGGCCGGUGUUUUGGGCAGCAGUCAGGCCCGCUGGGCUGGGCCGACCCAGCGCUGCGCUCGGCUGCAGGCGCGCCCCUGCCAGGGCUUCAGCACGUCGAGCAGCCGUCCGGCGCCGCUGCCGCCGGUCGUGUGGCUGGUGCUGAGGCCCAUCAGCAAGUUCAUGGCCGUCCUGUUCGGCCGCGCCUACCGCAAGUGGUGGAGGGCGCUGCCACACGACAAACGCGCCGUCUUUAAGGAGAGCGUCCAGCGGAACCGGAAGCGGAUUAUUGUGGUAUCGACGGCUGUUGCCGGGCUCUCGUUGCACUACUACGUCAGCCACCUGCAGACCACCCCAGUCACUGGCCGCACGAGGUUUGUCGCCUUCACGCCGGAACAGUUCGACAAGAUCUCCCAGGAGGGCUUCGAUCAGAUGAUCGAGGAGCACGGCGCGUCAGUGCUGCCAGCCGGCCACGAGGCCUACGACGCCGUCGUGCGCGUCGCCAACCGCCUGCUGGCCGCCAACGCUGACCUGGACGAGGUGCACGACAAGGACUGGUCCGUCACCGUGGUCGACGACGAGGACUUGGUGAACGCCUACGUGCUGCCGUGCGGCAAAAUAUUCGUGUUCACCGGCAUGCUGGAGUUCUGCACCAGCGACGACCAGCUUGGGUGCGUGCUGGGGCACGAGAUGGCUCACUCGCUGCUGGGACACGGGGGCGAGCGGUUCAGCAGGGCGCACCUGAUCGACCUGAUGCUCAUCCUGCCGCUGGCCGCCAUCUGGGCCUUCCUGCCCAACGACGGCAUCAGCGCCUUCGCCCACUGGUUCUUCCGGACGACGGUGGGCCUGCUGGCCGACAUGCCGCACAGCCGCGAGCUGGAGACGGAGGCGGAUGAAGUGGGACUCCGGCUGGCGGCCAAGGGGUGCUUCGACGUGCGCGAGGCGAGCGCGUUUUGGGCCAAGAUGGCGCUGCGCCGCGAGAUGGAGGACGGCGUGUCGCCAGAGUGGCUGUCCACGCACCCGGCCGAUGAGGCGCGCCGGGAGAGCAUCGACCGUCAGGUGCCGGACCUGCAGCGGACCCGCGACCUCUGCCAGUGCGCCCCGCUGCCGGACCGGGACCCCCGGGCAGAGUUCGAGCAGUUCCGGCAGCGGCUGCUGGAAGAGAAGGCUGCCGCCCGUGCCCUCAUGGCCACGCCACUGACGAAGCCCGAUGCCGCCAGAAGUGGCGGAUAGACGUGGUUGGGUGCCGGAUUGGAUCCUGGUCUUCAACAGACUCCAUCAUGCCUCGGGCUUCUGGCUCUCUUCCGUACCGAUCAGUGGCAAAUUAGCGAUCAGCGGCGGCGGUCUGUUUGUUACGACUUUGUUACGAAGGCUCACGGCAGCCGCCGGGCUCGGGGACCUACCCGCCCGGUCUUGCGUUACGAUGCUGGACUCUCCGUAGUCCCACUGCAACCGUGUCACGCGCUCCGACCCCGGCAUAUGAUGUCAGCACAAGUGUCUUGACCAAAUGCAGCUUAGAAGCGCCGAUGUUCUGCCGGUGGACGUUGCACUUCGGACGCAGUUGGUCCGGACUGUUGCGUGACCGUCCGGUCCCAUGGGGCGUUGUAUCGCAGGCGGCAGAUAGCGAUGACCGCGGGGACAGGGGUGCCAGACCUGCGGAGACGGCUGAUCGGCCCGAGUUGAUCCUGAGCGGCGGCCGCUCGCAGUGCGCCUCAUGCAAUCGCGUCGGCGCGCGUACUUGCGGCUGGCGCCCUGAGCGUCCGCGCGGGCCAAGCUCGGACCACUGGCCACGAUGUGAUCUUUUUAAACGGAUCGUCCGCUUACAUCGUCAUGGUCGCAGAUCGCUGAUCAACCGCCAUGUGCAAUAUUGUGCGAUGUAUGUUGUCGACCGCAGUUUGUAACGAGCGGCCAUAUCAUGUUGACGUAAGAUUUCACGAUGACAGAAAGCAUUUGUGCUUUUAUCAGACGUAUCUAUUGGAUCGUGCUUUCACGACACAAACAGGGCGAACUAAUGUGAGCCGUGUAAAAAACGCAAUAAAGAGUACUUCAGAC